AUUGUCAAGUGGCGAACUGUCAUAUAGACAAUUGAAACGAACAGCUCGGUGACUCUUCAACGCAACAAAAUUUCAACAAACAAUCGCAGUGUCCAAAAAUCAGGACAAUAAAUCAAUUUUGGGUGUUGCUAUUAUUAAACGCUAAUGAUUAUUUAAAUCGGUCUAACUUUGCUUUAAUUUAUAGAUGUUAUAGUUAGAAAAUUUGAUAUUAAGUGGAAAAUUUACAUCGACCUAUUAACGGAAAGUCAUAGGUGUAUUGAAAAUAGAGAUAAACAAAUGGUUCACUGCCGAUGCGAUGAGUAGACCAUAUGAAAUCACAUUAAAUGAAUAAAAACUGUGCCAUCACGAACAAAAUCAACAAUAAAUCAUCAUAAAUAUGUCACAAAAUCUAUUGUUUAGCUUUGGAUUAGCCGGUAUUGUCCGGUGCUUUUUGAUUACAUCAAAUUUUGCCGAAACAAUUCGGAAUCGAGUUGAAGUAUCCACACCGCUGAAUUCAUGGAAACGAAUUCAGGAAGGAGCAUUUCUGUAUGAGAACAACAUAAAUCCAUAUUCAGGAGAUUUGUAUCAUGAAAACCCACUUAUUUUGUAUGCAUCGAAUUUCCUCAUUCGCAAUGCGAGUCCAUUCAUUCCGUAUUUAUUCGUUGGCUGUGAUUUGUUGUGUGCGUUUUUGCUAUUUCGAAUGGCAAAAGUUUUAAUUGCUCAAAUGUUUGUUGGACAACAGCGUCGACUGAAGCACUACGCCAAAGGUACGCAACAGCUGCAUAUCAAAGCCAAUGACUUGGUUGACAUUCCGAUAUUCGUUGCAUUGGCCUAUCUUUUCAAUCCGUACACCGUGUUCAAUUGCGUCGGCCAGACGACAACCGUAUGGAGUAAUUUGUUUUUAGCCGCAUUUUUCUUCUUUCUCAUUCGAAAGCAAACGUUGCUGUGUUGCCUGUGCCUAGCACUUGAGACACAACGUAAUUUCUAUCCCAUCGAGUUGAUCAUACCCGCAUCAUUGUAUUUGAGCUCGUACGAAGUAGACGAUGACGAUGCAAUUGACUUAAUUGAAAACACCACAUUUAAGUGGCGUAACGUAUUCAAUGUCAUUAUCAAAUUCGGACUGAUUUUAACUGGGCUACACAUUGUCUCGUAUUGCAUUGUUAACGAUUGGAGUUUUUUGGACUCGACAUAUGGAUUCAUUCUGAAUCAUCGUGAUCUACAACCGAAUAUCGGCCUGUUUUGGUACUUCUUCACUGAAAUGUUCGAACACUUUCGACCACUGUUUUUGUUUUCAUUUCAAUUGAAUGCCACCAUACUCUAUUUGGUACCGUUGACUAUCAAACUGCAGAAACAACCGAUAUUUUUGGCCACCAUCCUCAUCGCAUUGACAUCUAUAUUCCGAUCAUAUCCCUGUGUGGGAGAUGUUGCCUUCUACAUGGCACUGAUUCCACUUUGGAAGCAUUCAACCGUUUUGAUGGCAAACUACUUUAUCGUGUUCUGCUUUUUCCUCAUCACAUCUGCUCUCGGACCAACCGUAUGGUAUUUAUGGAUUUAUUGCAAUUCAGCCAAUGCGAAUUUCUACUUUGGAGCCACUUUAGCAUUUGCAAGUGCACAGAUAUUCCUGGUGACCGAUUUGCUAUUUGCAUCAAACAAGCGAGACUUUUGUUUACGGCACGGUCUCAACCGAUUGAAUCAAUUAAUUUUAGAAUAGGUGUCAUUUAAUGUAAAGAGCUUUAUCCCAAAAUGAACAACAAGUUAAUUUGAAAUAAUAAAAAAAUCGAUAAAAACCAAA